AUGGGUUCUUCCCCGAGGCGCGACAAGUCGGCCUACAUUCGCACCAAAACGGGGUGCCUCACGUGUCGACUAAGGAAGAAGAAGUGCGACGAAAUCAGACCGACCUGCACGGGCUGUGCUCGCAACUUCAUCGACUGCCAAUGGCCGGUCCCACCAGACUCAGACAACCAAGGCUCUAAGAGAACGAAGUCGAUCUCCGGCGGCGUGAGGCGCAAGGAGAGGCAACCGACAUCGAGGAGCACGAGUGUCGGUGCAAGCACUCACAGUACCGCCAGUCAACGGGGCGAACUCACGUUUGUUUUUGACCGAUAUUCACCCAAGUCGCCACCGGCACAGGUGCCUUCUCCUUGCGCAACACCAGUCGUUGAUGUUGAGCAGCAGGACGAUGACGAUGACGGGGACGAGAAGCCCGAGUCCGUCAUCUUGUGGCAACCGGUGACGGCGUCCUUUCUUAGCACCGACCGGGCUCUUCUGCUCAAUCCCAGCUCAUUGCUGUUGCUCCAACACUAUCUGGAAGCCACAUCCACUUUCUUGGUGGCUAAGCCCCUCUCGAGCAACCCUUUCAUCACACUUGUCCUGCCUUUGGCCUACGCGGAUGAUCUCCUCAUGCAUUCUGUAUUGGCCUUGAGCGGGACCCAUCUCAGCUACAAGAAGCGGGAGGAUUUGAAGAUCCAAUUGGCGACUCGUCAGCAUUAUUCGUUGCUGCUGCGGAAUCUCCGGACGUUGUUUGCAGACGAGGCUUCUCAUGAUGAUGUUCGCAGGACACUCCGCCUGCUUCUGGUGUUGGUUGUACUAUGUCAUGUUGAGGCCAUCUCUGGUGAACCACAUGGCGGCAUCUUCCCACACCUACGGGCCGGCCGUGAACUGGUUCUCAAGCUCCUACAAGAGCCGCAACGGACACUCCACGAUGACACCAAGCUGGUCAAAGGAUUUGCGUUGGAGGUAUACUUUUACCUGGUCUUGGUGAACAGCAUCACGCCUUACGGCCGCGAUAAAGCCCGCGUGCUCCCGGUCGACUCGUUGUGCUCGUCCUUGGACUUUCUCCAGGAAUACGAGACCUUUGGGGUAUUUUUCAGCUGCGGACAAGGCCUCUUCGAGAUGAUUUCUCAAGUCUCGAUGCUGGCGACUAAGAUACUGACGGAAGAAGAAUCUGGUGUGAAAAGCCCGGACACCCGAGAAGAUUCCUACCGCUUGAUCAAUGCGAUCACCCAAUGGGAGUCACCCCCCGUGGCCCCCGAAAUGACGGAGUGGCAGGCAGAGCACGUCUGGACGGGAGAGAUCUACCGGCACGCGCUCUUGAUCUUCAUCGAGGCAUCCAUGUGCGGUUCGGUGGUCAGCAACCCCAAGGUCAUCGUCUCCAUCCAGCGCCACAUCGACAUGGCUUUCCACCUGUUCAUGCCCGUGGCCCGGUCUCCGUUCGUCACGGUAUUGCUAUGGCCGAUCAUGAUCAUCGGGUCGUGCCUAAUCUGCGAAGACCAGCGCCGAGAAUACAUCCACGUACUGCGGACGAAACCCAAGAUCGAUAUUUCUCAGGUGAGCGAGGCGGCAAACCUGUUGGAAUUUUUGUGGGAGGACGAGGACGAGCGCGCCUACGGACCCUUUGGACUGCACUUCGUCAUGAGAAAGCGACACAUCAAUUUCAGCAUGGCCUAA